AUAAAGUGAAAGUACACUUCCGGGUUAUAAAGUUUAACAAAAGUUAACUUUCAUUAACUUGAUUAAGUUGCCUGUAAAGUAUGGACAACAUAGGGAAUAUAUUGGAAACAUGCAUGAUUCUUGACCAGAAACUGUCAGAGACAGAAUCAAUUAAAGACCGAGCUGAUAUCAUAUUGGAACAUAUUCACGUGGUGGAAGAUAAACUGAAAGUCAGAUGUCCACAAUUUGAACCAAAUUUAGAAUGGAUGAAUGUAAGCAAACCCUUAAAGCUGGAAGAUGGGCUGAAAGGUAAACUGGUGGUUCUAGAUUUUUUCACUUAUUGCUGCAUCAAUUGUCUUCAUGUUCUACCAGACCUUGCUGCUUUAGAGGACCAGUUUACAGUCAAAGAUGGUGUGGUUGUCAUAGGUGUUCAUUCAGCAAAGUUUGAAAAUGAGAAAAUUUCUACAAACAUUUUGAGUGCCAUAUUACGCCAUAACAUCAACCACCCUGUAGUGAAUGAUAAGAAUGCUUCUCUCUGGAGUGAUUUAAUGAUUCAGUGCUGGCCAACUUUUGUGGUUUUAAGUCCGAAUGGAUACAUCCUCCAGUUUUAUGUAGGGGAGGGGCACAGAGACAGACUGCUGGAGUUUGUAUGUCAAUGUGUGAUGUACUAUAAGGGUAAAGACUUACUGAGUAGUCAGGACAUAGCCCUACAGUUAGAGAAAAGUAAGAGAAGAGACACUCCAAUAAAGUUCCCCGGAAAAAUGUGUGUUAGUGAAGCAGGGAGGAGUGUAGUGGUCAGUGAUAGUGGACACAACAGGGUGCUGAUACUGUCCAAGGAAGGCAUUGUUCAGCACUGUGUGGGGACAUCUGACAGAGGAUUUAAGGACGGAAACUUUACACAAUGCCAGUUUCAUUCUCCGCAGGGUGUAGUCAUGAAGGGUGACAUCAUCUUUGUAGCAGACACAGAAAACCAUGCCAUUAGAAAAAUAGAUGUGGAAAAGCAGGAAGUGACAACAAUAGCAGGACUGGGUAAACCUGGGACAGACAAGGAGGGAGGACAACCUGGUACUCAGCAGGAGUUGUCUUCUCCUUGGGAUAUUGUUAUUGGCCCCUCACCAGAUGGACAGCUGGAUUCCGUGUUGUACAUAGCAAUGGCUGGCACACAUCAAAUUUGGGCCUAUUUUCUUGUUGAUGUGAAAUGGUACAAAGGGAAGCAGUACAGACAGGGGGCGUGUGUAGCCUUUGCUGGUAGUGGCAGUGAGGAAAAUAGAAACAAUAACUAUCCAAACAAGGCAGCAUUUGCCCAGCCAUCUGGUCUGACACUGGGUGACAUAGGGGGAGACAGCUUUCUGUUUGUGGCAGACAGUGAGAGCUCUACAAUAAGGAGUGUAUCCCUGAAAGACGGGGCUGUCAAACAUGUUGUAGGGGGAGAGAGGGACCCAAUGAACCUAUUUGCAUAUGGAGAUAAAGAUGGUAGUGGGAUCGAUGCUAAGUUACAGCACCCACUUGGUGUUGCCAUGGUAUCCAGCUCUAAUUCUCUUCUGGUUGCAGAUUCCUACAACCAUAAGUUGAAGUUUGUUGACAUCAGCAGAAAACUAUGUACGACUGUGGUGGGGACAGAUGAUGAUGUGAAAUUAGAUGAACCUGGGGGUAUCUGUGUGGAGGAGGGCUCAGGGGUCGCUUAUAUUGCUGACACUAAUAACCAUAUCAUCAGAAUACUGAAUCUAAAGGACAGAACAUUCUCCCAGCUGCCAGUUAUUUUCUCAAAUAAUGCAGUAGACAGUCUGAACACUAAAUUGUCAGACAUUUUGAAACCAGGAAAAGAGCCAGAAAAAAAUGAAAUUAAAUAUGUUGCCCCUGGUUCAGAGGUCAAGGUCAGCCUCCUUUUGAAUAUGCCAGAUGGGAAUCAUUUGACUGAUGAAGCUCCAAGCAGAUGGACUGCUGUGAUACAUGGUACAUUUGAUUCUCAGAGUAAUCAGGCAGUAAACCCACUCUUUACUCAAAAGGAUGCCAUCUCUGAAAAAUCUCCACAGCAUCUUUUUUCUUGGAAAGUGCCAGUUUUCACAAAAUCUGAUUUGUUUAUUUACUUGAAAUGUAAAUUAUUCUAUUGUGAUGAAAGUAAAGUAUGCCGUAUGAAGGAGAAAGUUUAUCUACAAGAAUGUAGUAUUCAAAGUAACAUUGAGGAUGCUAGUUGUGAAGUACAGUUCAAACUGUGUGUGUAAAUGUUGAUUGACAUAGAUUUUAAGAUCUUGUUUCUGAUUUUUUUGUGUGGAGGGGGUAUUUUUGUGUACAUGAUUGAUUGAUUUUAUAUUGUUUAACAUCUCACUCAAGAAUGUUUCACUCAUAUGGAGACGUCACCAUUGCCGGUGAAGGGCUGCGAAAUUUAGGCUUAUGCUCCACAAAUAUGACCUUUAAGCAGGGAGGAAUCUUUAUCAUGCCACUCCUGCUCAGCAGUGCUGUGACACUGGGCCUUGGUUUUUGCUGUCUCAUUCGAAGUACUGCCCCAUUUAGUCACCUCUUACGACCAGCAAGGUGUACUGGAACCUACAUGUGUAUUCUAACCCGGAUCUACACGGAAUGAAAACCUUAAUAAAAAUGAUAGAAUCAC